AUGACGGCACCACCAGCAGACGACACCGCCGACACGCGCGAGGCUGCGCUGGCGGAACUGGGUGCCAAGGAACAGGCGUUCCCGGGCGACAUGGACGCGGCGUUGUCGGUGAUUCUUGCCGCGGAGCGAGAGAAGGAGAACGGCGCGGUGAAGUCGCCGGCAAACCCCGGCUCAUCUAGCACCCCUGACGCCGCUGGCGACGAUACUACAACCGAUACCCCGUCUAAGACCCUGGAGACUGCAGUGAAAGCGGUGCCCUCCACUGCGGACGCCACUGACAGCGACAGCAAGCAACGCGCCGACGCCGCCGCCGGCACCGAGAAGGCCGGCGCUUCCGACAAGCCUUCACUGGAUGAGGCCAACGACGGUUCCACCCCCACCAAUGCCGGCUCAGAAACGUCCAAUGCUGCCGAUGGUUCCGGUGAGGCCACUAAGGCUGACAGUAAGGCGGUGAUUAAGGUUGACGGCGACGCGAAGGAUGAGCUGAAAAAGGAGGCCAAGAAACAACCCAUUGAGGAGACUAAGGCGACUAAGGGGGAUGCCAAGGAGCAAACGAAGGCAAAGGAUGACAAGACUGAUACCAAAACUCCGCCUAAGACUAAUACCAAGACUGAUACGGGUGACACUAAAGAGGUAGUCAAGGUGGAGGACAAGGAUACCAAUGUUGAAUCCUCUGAUGACACUAAGAAGGAUACCAAGGCUGACUCCAAGCUUGUAACAAAGGCUAACGCCAAAGACGUCACAAAGGUUGACACCAAAGAGAUUUCCAAGACUGAAACUAAUGACAUCAAGGAUGACACCAAGGAUGACACCAAGGACGACACCAAGGAUGAGACCAAGAAAGAUAUCGAAAUCAAGCCUACGGACGAAUCUACGACGAAUACUGGGGACGAAGCUAAGGAGAAAACUGAGGAUGCCACGGGAAAGCCCGAAGCUACUAAGGAACCUGUCACCGAUAAUACUGCCAAGGUUGAACCUGCCGAACCCAGUUCGUCCAAUGACAGUGUGGCUAAAGCCAGUGACAGUGCAAGCACCACAACGAAAGAAGUUACCGAUGAUCUCCCCAAGACUUUGGACCCUUCCAUUGCUGGCGUCGUUGCAGGCACGGCAGACGGCGGUGAAGCCAGAGAAGUACCGGAUACUCCCAAGGAGAAUGGCCACGUCAAGCCCCCGCCCGCGCCAUUCAAAUUUCCUAAUGCAUUCACUGCCUUUGACGGCAAAGUGCUUCAGCACGUAUACGCCAUUGGCAAGCUCGAGUACUUGAUUGCCAAUCUCCAGGAAGCGGCUAGCCUCCCUACUGAAGGCGAUGAGUAUAACGUCAUCCUUCUACCGAUUGUGGCGUGCUUUACUCCCGGGGUGUUCUACAUUGCAGACGGCCCCCUCUCGCAAAGAGUCGACAUCGUGGCUCACUACAAGCUUUUCCGGAUGUCGCCUCCCCCCAACAUCAACGAUAAGCAGUUCACCCACAUCCCCUACGAUUUCCAGGACGUACUGGUGGUUCCGUUGGACGAUUUACCCCUGGAACUGAUGGCACAGAAAUGCUUACACCUCUACCAGUCGCUUUUGCAACAGGUGCUAGCCGCCUAUAAAAAGCGUUUGGCGCUGCAGUCGCUCCCCCCCGGGUACAUUGAAAGUGUGUCUAAACUCGUGGGGCUCCGACAAACUGACGUUGAUUGUGCCCCGGCGGAAAUUCUGCGAACGACGCUUUCACCCAACAUCCUCACCGACGACACCGCAGUGGAGGCGUUGCUCAUCGAUAACGACUUGAAAGGCGUGAUCACGAUGUGCCGCGGCGUCCGCGAGAUCUUGAGUCGCCUCAACCCCCGCAUCCAAAUGUACAAGACCCUGAGAGGCCAGCCGCCGCCGCUGGCGGUAUGGGAGGUGGUUGGCCUCACGCUCCGACUCAACGACUUGUACACGUGCGUCCGUCGCCUUGGGCGCCAGGUACUCAACGCCAAUCACGUCCACCUAGUCGACCAAAAGUUCUUAUUCCAGCUGAAAAACGGCGCCUACAUGCGCCAUCUGCUUCUGAAAGCGGAAGCCAUCUUUAACGGUAACCGUAAAAACGGUACCCUUGUGGCGACGUUGACCCGGGUAAUCCUGCGACACCAGGCCCCGUCAGGCUACCCCUGUGACCCGAAACUGGUGCGCGAUCUUGCCAAUUUCGUCAGCCAAGGGUGGUUCGCCGUCGACCAGGCGGUGCUGGCGUUGGACGAGUUCGUGACCUCGUGGGUGGCGGCGGAGCUUCGGUUCCGAGCCGCGUACAAUUUGCCCCGUCAAUACUUGAGUGAGAUCAGCAAAGACGGUGGUGGCCGUCGGGGCAAACCUCAACCGAGAGACGCUAAGUCGUCGCAAGCCACUGCCACCACUAAUGCCACUAAGCCCUCGGCACCGGUGGCCGCGGCUCAACAGUCGCUUGCCCCUCCUCGCCUGAGGUCGUCGCUGGUACUGCUGGUGGCACUGACAGGGCUGGGGCAGACAAGCCAGGCGCCGGUUCGCACCCCCAGAAUACCACCGGCGCUGCCGCUUCGAGGCAGCCCCGUGCCCCAGCUCGACCGGGUGGACUCAUCGCAGCUGUUGAACUCGCAAAACCAGGCUACCAGUCCUGCUCCGCCGUUGACUCGCACUCGCUCCAACUCGCUGCCAGUGCACAACCCGGCGACGCUGGGCGCGGCGGCGGCGUUGAAGGUGGCGCGCCUGAACCUGGUUCGCCGCAGUCCUGCUGCCAGCACGGUGUCGCCGACGCCUCAGCGCAAUCUGACGGUGUUCGCCCAGAGCUCGAAGAAUGUCCAGAAACAAUUGCUUGCAGUGGCAGAGGAGGACGGCUCGACGAGACUCAGUGCUCAACAAAGACUCCAACAACAUUUGCGGGCGGCGUCGAAGCUGGGGGCGCUUGUGACUCAGCAACGGGAGCCGUUGGUCCCGGUGACGUUUGACCCUGCCAACCCCAGCGAGUACCAGUUACGCCGAGAACGUUCCUCGAGCGAGAGUCCCGUCCCGCUGGGCAACGUUCCGCAAAACCCGCUUGCAUCAUCAUUACCUCCUGGAGGUAUCCCUCAAGGUUCCCUCAACUCGCUCCCGGAACUGGUCCUCCGCGAGUUUGGCCAGCCGACGAUGUUGGGCAAACCUACGAUGCGGGACGUCCAGACCCGCCGCAACACCGCUCGCAACUCUAAGGUGAUCCUGGAGGAUAUGCUUGAGGUCCAAUUCAGCGCGCUGCUGCUGGGUCUGGAAAGCACUCGGUCGUCAGCCCCGCUAGCCACCUCCGCCCCUGCCUCGCAGACGGUACUGGCUCUGGGGGAGGUACGUAAAGUGGUGCGGUUUACCGGGGUCCCCGAAUACUCGGAAGAAGAGGAUUUGCCGGCCAAUUACGCGCUGAAAAUCCUCAGAAACUUCGCCGUGAUUCGCCCGACGAACCAGCAACACCAGGCGUUCCGGAGGAAGGAGUCGCAGUUGAAGCGCGAGGAGAGUAUUCAGUGGCGCCACCAGUUGCACCAAGGCGAGUAA